UGUUUUCGAUUUGCGAGUGGAGGGCUGCAGUGCUCGCAAUGGCGCCGCGCUCGAAAGGGCGCAGGAAGAGCACGAAUAAGAAGGCCGCCAAGGCCAAAGCCAAAGGCAAAUCCCGUGCCAAAGCGCGGCAGGGCUUGGUUGACCCCGAACCUGCAGAAGAGGCGUCUGUGCCGUUGCCUUCACCUUUGCCUGCAGGUGUUGGUUCUUUGGCUCAGGAAGCAGGCGCUGGUAUUGACCCUGUGGGCGAAGAGUUUGAGGCUGAGUGCGAAAGACUCUUGGACUUGAUGGUGGCCGAGUCGGACAUGCAGUAUUGGCUGCCACACACGCCGACACCCCAGCAGCCAGAGCCUGCGCCAGCUUACUGUUUUAGCUCACCAUUCUACGAGCCAUCCGGCAACCGGCAGCUGCAGCAGUGGCUUUCCAUGGCUUUUCAGAGGCUACCUGAUGACACCCGCGCUGAAGUCAUCGGGCGCUUGGAGGUGAGUGCAAAUAGUGGUGAUGCCGCCUACUCAAGCAUUGGCACAGCGUGUUCCGGCACAGAUGCGCCCGUCCUUGCCGUGAAAGCAUACAACCACAUGUGCCGCCACCUCUUGAAUCGGGAUUUGCCGUUUGAGCACUGCUUCUCAUGCGAGAAGAACGAGGCCAAGCAGGCGUUUCUCAUGAGGUUUUACACCAACCUGAGUGACCCUUUUGAGGAGAUGGACUGCUUAUUCAAAGACACAGCUCACUUGGCGCAGGGUCCAGGGGAGUUGGCCCCCGAGGUGCGCACCGGCGAGCUCAAAGAAAUUCCGGCGUGUAAGGAUCUGCUGGCUGGGUUUCCUUGUCAGGAUGUCAGCAACCUCAACCCAAACGCAGCAGACAAUCGGUGGGUUGUGAAGGAUUCAUCCAAAAGAACAGGGAAGGUCUUCAUGGACAUCAUGCAGUACUGCGCGGCUCUGCUUAAGGGGCCAAACGGGCAAGCCUUCGAGUCUCUCAUCCUCGAGAAUGUGGCAGGCCUUCUUGCAGCACCUCCUGGCCGCAACGAGGAGACCGGGGAAAAGUGGCACUCGAACCUCGACUACUGUUGCGCCGCCAUUCGCGCUGCAGGCAUGAUGGUGGUGCCCUUCAUGCUGGAUCCCCGCAAUUUUGGAAUGCCUGUUCAUCGCCAACGGAUUUGGAUGCUCUGCAUCCCGCUGCGACUGCUGGAGAAGUCGGGCAUGUGUGAGGAGGAGGUUGCGGAGUACGCUUGCCGUCUCAUGGACACCUUGUGCACGACCCAGGUGCGCCCAUUACAGCACUUUGUGCUGCCACGGGAUCACGAGGCGGUGCUUCGAGAAUAUGACGAUGCCAUCUCCCUCAAGGAGAAGCGGGACCUGCGAGUCGCCGCUGUUGCACGCGGGCAAGCCAAGCGCAAGCGUGCCGCCUUGGUGUCUGCGGACCGCUUCGUUCGCAUCAUGGAGCAGAGGGGGGAGGAGUGGUGGCUAAGCUCUGUGCCUGAUCCUGAUGUUUUGCAACAGUUCCCCGGCCUUUGCCGCCUGACUGAGCGCCAGUUCGAUCUGUGCAAGUUGCAAGAGAUUCAGUUUCCGGACCAAAGGAAAGCCUGUGUCGAGCUGUCCCAGAAUCAGAGAAGCUCUUCGAACGUUAAGGGUGUGAAGGUCGGGCUGUGUGAAAUCAUAACGCCUACAGGCCAGCUGCUGGUUACACACCAGGCACGUUGUUUGACAGGCUUCGAGUGCCUGCUCAUGCAAGGGAUUCACUUUGGCAGGCAGAAUGAAAACACCUGGAAUGAAUUUCCAGAUGAUCUCCUGCGAAAUUUGGCAGGCAAUGCUUUCAACUGUUGGUGUGUAGCCGCUGUCUACCUUGUAAAGGAGGCAGUUCUGGCAAGAUGUCAUGCCCGGGAGCAGAUUCGUGCGCGGGCCUCUGGCGCAGAGACUGUUCUUUCUCGUGGAAUUUCCCACUCGACGGAUUUGAGUGAUUUUUGCGAGUGGCCGAGUCCUUUUAAUGCUGAUUGAGGGCUGCCGAGCCU